GUGACUAGUCCUUUGUUGCCGGAAGUGGUGUCGGUGUCUAUUUCCAGCACGCAAGGAUGGCAAUGAGACCGGGAGCUGGGGGCACAGGCAGUGGCAGUUUUGUGUUUCCCUUGGCUUCUGGAAUCGGAUCAUCUCAAGGUUUGAUGCCUGUUCAACAGCAAGCUGCUCCAUUUCCUAUGGUACCUGUAAUGCAACCAAAUGUGCAAAAUAUUAUGGCCGUUGGAUACAGCCCUCAGAUUCCCCAAAGAGCCAUGGCUAUGCAGGGUCGAUUACCAUUGGGUCCAAUGCAGCCUACUUCAAUGACAUUUGUAGGACAGGCUGGAUUUUUAGGAAUGGGUCCUCCGGGUCCAGCUUACACUCCAGACAUGCAGAAGCAAUUUGUUGAAGAACAACAAAAAAGAUUUGAACACCAGCAAAAAAUGUUAGAAGAAGAAAGAAAACGACGACAGUUUGAAGAACAAAAGCAAAAGUUGAGAUUGCUAAGCAGUGUAAAACCCAAAACCACCGAAAAAUGCAGAGAUGAUGCAAUGGAAGCCAUUAAGGGAAAUUUGGAUGGAUUUUCCAGAGAUGCAAAAAUGCACCCGCCAUCUGUAUUGCAUUCCUUAAAACCAGUGAAUGUUGCAGUGUUUCCAAAACCAGAUGCCAUUGAGGCCAUGUUGCCUUCUUGGAUUUACAAUGACAGUCUUGUACCAGAUCUUUACAAGAAUAUUUUAGAAUCAACACUUUCUACAUCAGGAAUCGAUACAGUCAAGUUGUAUCCAAUUCUCCUGUCAUCUGGGCUUCCUCGGGAAACUUUAGGGCAGAUUUGGGCAAUGGCAAAUAAGACAACUCCUGGAAAACUAACAAAAGAAGAACUGUAUAUUGUCCUUGCUAUGAUUGGAAUUGCACAGCAGAGAGGAGACUGUGCCUUGAACGUGGAUAUGCUGAAUCAGUUUACACGUGCACCUAUACCAAAUUUAAGUAGCUUUCCACCAACUUUUCCAAGCACCAUGAAUCCACUGCACAUAGCACAAUCAAGGCCUUCUGUGGCAAAACCUCUUGAAAUUAGCCAGCCAACACUGAAAAGUACAUCAAAUGCUUUGGGCGAUAUUGCACAGCAGGCUUUCAUGCCAUCCUCGUUCGCUCAACCGCUAUUUAAAGCAGAUGAUGAUGAUUUCCAAGAUUUUCAAGAUGCUUCUAAAUCUGGAUCGAUAGACGAUUCUUUCUCUGAUUUCCAGAGUAAUAAUGUGAAAUCCACCUCUUCUUUUAGCAGAAAUCGAGACUCAUCAGACCAGGCAACAUUUUUCCAGUCUUCAACAGUCCAAUUUUGUGCACCCACUCCACUAAUUGCAGUGUCUGGAACUACAUCAAGCACCCCUGCUGUGACUGAUAAAUAUGCAGUAUUCAAAACCCUCAGCGUGCAAAGCAAUACAGAAACUACCAGUAACUUUACAGGAGAUGGUUUUACAGACUUCAAGUCUGGUGUCGAUGAUGGUUUCACAGAUUUUAAGACUGCAGAUAGCAUCUCACCGCUAGAUACUCCAUUAAAAGAAACCCAAUCAUCACUUACAUUUGCCACUCAGCAGAAAUUGCCAACUCAAGUAAAACCAUCCUCUGAUCUUGAUUCAUUCGCUUCUUUGGUAACAAGUAAAAGCUUUCCCAAGACAUUUCAUUUAUCCAAACCUGUACCAUUACCUGUACCCCCACUUUCAUUAUCAUCUCCAUCACCAUUGUUACCAUCAUCAUUUGUCACUGCACCUAAAAGUUCCUCUCUACUGGAUGACUUUGGAGACUUUACGCUCUUUGGACCAUCCAGCAACACUACUGCUGGUGGUGAGAAUGACUUUGCUGAUUUUCUGACAAGUAAUACCAGUUCUGUUGAGCAAAACCGUGAUGACAAAUAUGAUGUCUUUAAGUUUGAAGCCAGCAUGGCUGACCCAGUAAUAUCUGCUGCUGUUCCCCAAAACCUUCAACCCACGUCAUCAGGUUCAUUUAAUAAAUACGAAUUAUUUGAUAAACUUUCCCUGGAAAGUACGUCAACGACAUUUGAUGAGUCAAAGGAUUCAGCUAAUGUUACAAAAAAUAAUGACUUUACUUUCCAGUAUGACAAGUUCACCACUUGCGACAACCCUGAAAAGUCCUUUGUGGAUAAGUUUGUGGCUCUUAAACAAGCCAAAGAGGACUCUGUGUCUAUUAAGUCACUGGAUCUUCCUUCUAUUGGUGGCAGCAGCUUUGGAAAAGAUGAUUCUGAAGAUGCACUUUCCAUCCAGUUUGACAUGAAGCUAUCAGAUAUGGGCGGGGAAUUGAAGCAUGUUAUGUCUGAUAGUUCUCUGGAUUUGCCAGCAGUUAGUGGUCAGCAUCCACCCGCGGCAGAUGAUUUUAAAGACUCAAGUGACAACAAUUGCUCCCUACUAAGCAGUUUGACAAUUUCUGACUGGUCAGAGGACAACGUACACGCAACCAAAAAACAGCCUGACUUUUUUUUCAGCCCUGAUCACAGUGCAGGCUCUUCCACAUCUUUGUUUGCAAAAAAGGAAACCUCCUUUGGAAGUAGUGAAAAUCUCACUAUGACAACCAUAUCAAAGGUAACUACUUUUUCCGGUGACAUCCAAGCUUCAGAAGAUGGUGAAAACUCGAAGGGGUGUACUGCAAAGGUAAACAACGACAUUUUGAGUGGUCUCAGUAUUUCUUCAGUUGCACUGGCACCUAGUACCGACACCAUUACCACAUCAGGCCCUACUGUUGCUUUAGAGCUCCGAAAUAAUGAUGAUUUUGGGGAAUUCCAAAGUGAAAAACCCAAAAUAAGUAAAUUUGACUUUCUCUUGGCCACAUCUCAAGGAAAAGUGAAAUCAAGUGAAGAAAUGAUUAAGACAGAGCUUGAAACAUUGGAUCUUUGUGCUCAAGGAUCUCAUAAGAGGAGCCAUAGUCUUGGAGACAAAGAAAUAAAUCGAAUUCCACCUGUUGUGGAGCAACCUUUCAGAGACCGCUCUCACACUGUUACUGAGAAACCUACUUUACCUGUAAUCCGAGACAAGUACAAAGAUCUUACAGGAGAAGUGGAGGAGAGUGAAAGAUAUGCUUAUGAAUGGCAACGUUGCUUAGAAAGUGCCUUACAAGUCGUUAAGAAAGCCAAUGAUGCUCUCAAUGGAAUAAGCAGUUCCUCUGUUUGUACUGAAGUUAUCCAAUCUGCUCAUGGAAUGGAAUAUCUGUUAGGUGUGAUUGAGGUGUACAGGGUAACCAAGCGAGUCGAAUUGGGUAUAAAAUCUACUGCAGUGUGCAGUGAAAAACUGCAGUUCUUGUUAAAAGAUAUUGACAAGCUCUGGAACAACCUGAUUGGAUUCAUGUCUCUAGCCUCCCUCAUGCCAGAUGAAAGUGCAUUGGAUUUUGCCUCUUGUUUGCUACGACCAGGAAUAAAAAAUGCUCAAGAAUUAGCAUGCGGUGUAUGUUUGCUAAAUGUUGACUCUCGAAGCAAGGCAUUUAAUUCAGAAACGGAUCAUUUUAAACUUUCAUAUGGAGGCCACCAGUAUCAUGCAAGCUGUGCAAAUUUCUGGAUUAACUGCGUUGAACCUAAACCUCCUGGUCUUUUAUUGCCAGAUUUAUUGUAAUUUAUAGUGACUGUUUUAAGGCUACCUUGCAGUUAUGACUUCAGACCAUCUUGUGAGAUCUCUAGAAAGUAAGCAAUUCUACAUUUAUCUACAGAGAAUGAAUUCAAAAUUCUGCAACAUAAAGAGGCCUCAUAAUCCUCACUGCAAGUUUCAUCACAAUACAUUCCUUUUAUUUCUGAAUUAUACUUGCGUUGUAAAUGUGUCAUUUUAUUUAUUUAAAACAAUGCACUACUAUUUGACUACUGCACUGUAGUAAAGCUGUGUUACAUGAAGUAAACUUGGAGAAAUUUGGAGCCUAUAGAAAUUUCUAUAUAAAAAUAAAUGAAAAUGGCUUAUGGUGAAAAAAAGCAUUUAAAGUGUUGUCCAGAUCACCAGCUUUGCAUUACAGUUUGUAUCCAAAAAGUAAAGUUGAGACAAAGCAUGAGGAGGCUUUCCAUCCACAUCAGAACAAUAUAAAAAGCUUCAUGUACAUAUUUGUAUGUGGCCAUCAGUCAUGUUGAGGGAGGAGAAGGAGCCAAGGGAAGUGACUGGUUCAUGAAUACAGCAUAGUAAUAACGGAGUAUGCUGUAUUCUUUCGGCCAGAUAGUACAGUCCUAGUUUGCCAUUUGGUACAAUAGUUUGACAGACUUAUUGCAAUUUGCUUCCCUUUUAAUAUAAUCUUCUUUAAAGGGGUUCUAUUAAAUGUUUUAAUACAAAAUAAGUACCUAAUAGUCACUUUAUGUCAGUGUCUCUGGAUGGUCUCGGACUUUGAUAAAGUAGUAGUAGUAGUAGUAGUGCCUGACAAUCCCUUUUAAUAAUCUCAUUUAAUACACUGCAGUCAAGUACUUCCCAGUUUGAAAUGUGACGUACAGUGAACGCUAUAUUAUGUUCAACUAUGCAGCAAAAUGAGAUAAACCAUAAUUUAAAGGGUUGUCCAAGUUAUACAAAAUAUUUCCCACGAAGCAGGAAUUAGCAUCUAGCUGCAGCCAUGAUAUUAACUAAUUGAUUGUUGAUGCCAGUGAUUUUCCUGCAGCAGUCACAUGGGCAUAUGGACAUGCUGCAGCCAAAUAAAGCCUGUAGGGGAGGAUUGGAGAAGUGGCACUGGAAGCCUCAGGGGUUGAAAUAGGUGAACAUAUGUUCUGUUAUUAUUUUGACUAUUCCUACUUUGGGGAACCUUUUAAAUAACCCUUUAAGUUAUAUGCCAGUUAACAUGUUUCUAUUUGUUUUUAGUAACAACAGGACAAAGCAAUGGUAUGCUGAUUGAUUUCAUAAUAUAUCUAUUUAGAUGACAUUUCAUCAUACCCCGCACUUGUCAAAUCACAGUGGGGUAGAUUUACUAAUUCUAUCUAAUGUUUAGACAAUGUGCCUAGAUAGUCUAAAGAUGUGGCAGAUUUAUUGCAGUAGCUGAUACUGGAUGUUAAAUUUGGCAUUCCUUUAGACUGUUUAGUCUAAGUUGACACCACCUAUUAGUUGGCUUACUUUGCAUCUGAAAUUCGUCAUAAUUUUGGCAUCGUGUCACAUUAUAGUCUAUACCCAUUGUCCUGCUCAGUGCAUAAAAUGUGUGAGACACUUAACAAAUGUGGCAUGCACAUUUUCAUUAGUAAAUCUGCUUCGCUGUGUAAGUUUUGAGCAGAUUGUUCUAUGCUCUCAUUCUGUCCUGUCUUUUGCUGUAUAUUACAAUAAAGACUGAAAAGUAUGUGAA